CGAAGACGGAAGGAUAAAAGGCAGACGAGGAUCUCUCUCUCCCCCUCUUCUAAAGUUUAGUAAAUUUUGGCAUUCAGAAAGAUAUGCAGGCGAUUCGCUGCUGAGGAGUUCUAUAAUCAUUUUAAUGUUCAAACUGCAAGCAGUACACGAAUGCGAUGCAGCAGCGUCAAGGACAUAGUUACACUAAAAGAAGGGCUAGGGAAACCAUUUCUCUACAAAAUGACAGCGAAGAGAAACACGUGAUCAGCCAAGCACUAUAGCCUCCUUGCACCCUUUCCAAAAGUCUGACAGACACGCAUGAUAUGUGUUCAGAAACAUGCACGUGUGCGCCUGGAAUGUACAAAUACUGCCCUACACACUUACACUUUACAUUCCAUAAAGAUUCAGCACUUUUGUACUCCCAAAGAAUAUCUAGACUGCACUCUCUGCAGGGACUAAACUGCACAGAGGAGUAAAGAGUGCACAGGUUCUUACUUGGGAAUCGUGCCAGGAAAACAAUUUGAAGACAGACAUGCGGGUGGCAGUGAUUGGAGCCGGGGUCAUCGGCCUCUCUAGCGCACUGUGUAUCCUUGACCGCUACCGAUCCAGCGUGACUCCUCUAAUUAUUGAGGUCUACGCUGACCAGUACACCCCACUGACCACCAGUGACGGAGCGGCAGGGCUGUGGCAGCCCUACCUGUACGACAAGGGCAAUGUCCAGGAAACUAAAUGGAACAAAGAGACGUUUGACUACCUCCUGACCUACAUCAACGACCCCGAUUCAAUCAAAAUGGGAAUAUUCACCCAGUCCGGCUACAACCUCUUCACUGAACCCACGCCGGACCCCUCGUGGAGAGACUCUGUCCUUGGUUUCAGACACCUGACCCCACAGGAGCUGGACAUGUUCCCAGGUUACAGUUAUGGCUGGUUCAACACUGCACUUAUGAUUGAAGGCAAGAGCUAUUUACCUUGGCUCAUGGACAGGCUGAGGGAGCAAGGGGUGAUAUUUUUUCACAGGAAGAUUGAGUCUUUCAGAGAGCUGGUGGACUCUGGAGUGGAUGUCAUUGUGAACUGCACUGGGAUAAGAGCCGGGGAGCUGCAGCCUGACCAGGAUCUGAAGCCUGGCCGGGGACAGAUCCUGAAGGUAGAGGCUCCUUGGCUAAAGCAUUUUAUAAUAACUAACGAUCACAAGACUGGAGUGUAUACAACCCCAUACAUCAUACCAGGGAGUCGUUUAGUUACCAUUGGCGGCAUCUUUCAACUGGGGAAUUGGAGUCAAGAAAGUAAUUCCCAGGAUCAUCAGAAAGUGUGGGAGUCCUGCAGCAAGCUGGUCCCCAGUCUCAAGCAUGCCAGGAUCGUGGACGACUGGGCUGGCCUGAGGCCGGUGCGCAGCAAAGUGCGCCUGGAGAGAGAGACCCUGGAAUACGGAGCUGCCAAGAGCGAGGUGAUACACAACUACGGGCACGGAGGCUUCGGGCUUACCAUCCACUGGGGGUGUGCGCAGGAGGCAGCCAAUCUCUUUGGAAAGGUGGUGGAGGAGAAGAGACAGAAAGCAACGUCAAGGCUCUAACCCUCUCUGAUCUGAUCCCUCGAGCGCCACCAAUGCAUUCUGCACCGUGCCUAUUCCAUUGACGUGAAGGCAGCAGACAUCUAAAUCAUGAAACAUUGGCCACUUUUUGGCUUUUUAUAAAAAAAUGUUUUACAUGAUUUUAAUAUGCAAUAGCACUGUAAAGCCAGUAAGGUUAAGCAGUGACCAUGUCAUUUUGGUACACAAUAACUAACUUGCUUCAGUUGUCUCUAAUAAUUAGCUCAAUGCAUUCAAUAUCCAACCCUUCAAGCACAUGCAAUGUAGGAUGCAUGAAGGAGCUGCUUACCUGCUAUAUAUGUCAAGUGUCAUUUUUAAACUGUAUGUGUUAUCUAAACUUUGUCUGUAACAACAUCUUUAAUUAA